CUCCCCCAGCCGCCUUGUGCAAAGAUGGCUGCACCGUGAACGCAGAGGAGGAGGAGGCGGCGGCGGCGGCGGCGAAAGAGCGAGCACCCAGCGCCCGCACCCACUCCGGGGCCGUCCGGGACGCCCCCUCCCGAGCGCGCUUCCCCCUUCUCUCUUGCAAGCGCCGGGGCAAAGGCGGAGACAGCGGGGUCCCUCCUCCCCCCUUUCCCUCCUCCAGGGGGAACCCCCCCUCCUUGGCUCAGCGGCUGCACCCCUCCUUUGCCCGCCCCUCCGUCCCUGCCCCCUCCCUCCCCCGCCCGGGGCCUUCCCGGGCCUUCGGUGGCCGCAAAGAAAAAAAAAGAGAAAGGGUGGAAAAAAGCAGCGGAGGGAGCGGCGGCGGAGGAGAGCGCGCGCGCUCCCCCUCCUUUCCCCCUCCCUCCCCCUCCCCCCAAUUUCCACCGCGGCCAAUUCAUGGACAGGAACUACCCCAGCGCCGGCUUCGGGGACCCGCUCGGCGCCGGGGCGGGAUGGAGUUACGAGAGGUCAGCGAAAGCUAGCUUGGUCUACGGCAGCUCCCGGACUUCCCACCCAGAAACCGACAUCUUGCAUCGUCAGGCCUACGCUGCCCCCCACCCACUACAAAGCUAUGCCACCAACCACCACCCAGCAGGCCUCUCUGGACUUUUUGACACUGGCCUCCACCACGCGGGCUCAGCAGGGCCCGACGCCUCCGUCAUGAACCUCAUCUCGGCCCUGGAGUCCCGGGGCCCCCAGCCUGGCCCUUCCGCCUCCUCACUCCUUUCCCAGUUCCGAAGUCCUUCCUGGCAGACAGCCAUGCACACACCAGGCCCCACGGAACUCUUCAUCUCUGGUGCCCUCCCAGGUUCCAGCACCUUCCCGUCUUCCUCUGCCCUGUCUGCCUACCAGCACCCGGCUUCCUUCGGCAGCCGCCCCUUCCCAGUGCCCUCAUCCCUCAGCCUCCAGGAUCCACCCUUCAGUCCUCCUGCUAAUGGGCUCUUGUCCCCCCAUGAUGUGCUCCACCUGAAGCCCUCCCAGGCUCCUACAGUGCCCUCUUCAUUGGGUUUUGAGCGCCUGGCAGGGGGUGGUGUCUUGGGGCCUGCGGGCCUUGGUCCUGCUCAGACUCCCCCUUACCGUCCUGGUCCCCCAGAUCCACCUCCACCUCCCCGCCACCUCCCGACUCAGUUCAAUCUGCUGGCUUCUUCUUCUGCUGCCACAGCUGCCGAGCCAUCUUCCCCUCAGCUCUACAACUUCUCGGGUGCUGCCCCGGGUCCACCGCCGGAGCGGGCCCUGCCCCGACAGGACACGGUCAUCAAACACUAUCAGCGGCCUGCCAGUGCCCAGCCCCCACCGCCCCCACCACCAGCCCAUUCCCUGCAGCACUAUCUGAGCUGUGGAGGCAGCUAUCCCUCAAUGGGCCACCGGGCCAGCUUGGCUUGCAGCCCUCUGGGAGGUGGGGAACCCUCUCCAGGGGCUGGAGAACCUAGCAAGGGUGGGCCUAGUGGGGCCACAGCUGGAGCAGCUGGUCGGGCUGCAGGCCCGGAGACGGCUGGGGGAGGUGCAGCUGCAGGUGGUGGUGGGUACCGCCCUAUCAUCCAGUCCCCUGGUUAUAAGACGAGUAAGGGAGGUUAUGGACCAGCUACAGGAGGUGCCACCAGACCCCCACCACCUCGAUCCACCGCCACACCCAAGUGUCAGAGCCUGGGUGGACCAGCAGCUGCUUACGCCACUGGGAAAGCCUCUGGGGCUGGUGGGGCUGGGAGCCAGGCAUAUUCUCCUGGCCAGCCCCAAGGGCUUCUGGGACCCCAGGCCUAUGGGCAAGGAUUUGGAGGGGGUCAAGCACAGGACUUGAGCAAAGGCCCUAACUAUUCUGGGGGUCCCCCUCAGCCCCCCAGUGGUCCCCCACCUCCUGGCCUGGCUACCUGUCAGAGUUACUCUCCAGACCAGCUUCAGGGUCAGCUCUAUGGGGUACAGAGUGAGCCUUACCCAGGGCCAGCUGCCCAUUCACAGGGGCUCCCCACAGCCAGCCCUUCCCUCAGCUACAGUACUGGUCACUCCCCUGCUCUCUCGGGCCAUGGAGGUGGCUGGGGACCCAGUUCUCUGGGAGGUGGUGGGGAGGCCAGCCCAUCUCACAUUAUCCGGCCCCUCCAGUCACCGCCUGCUACUGGCCGCCCUCCUGGCGUUGGCUCUCCAGGAGCCCCUGGCAAAUACUUAAGUUCAGUCUUAGCUUCGGCUCCAUUCCUGGCACCCCCCGGAGCUAGCAGCUAUGCAGCUGGAGCCGGUGGCUACAAGGGAAAAGGUGACGGCUCCGAGCUGCUUGCCGGCCCUGGUGGUGCUGCCGCUGAGCGCACGGAAGAUGAAGAAUUUCUGAUUCAGCACCUGCUUCAGGCACCCAGCCCACCUCGGACCUCAGGGGCAGAUGGCUUGGUAGGUGAGGAUGGGCCUGCUGAUGCCUCCAAGGGACUUGGGGGCAGUGGUGGAGCCGGAGGACCGCCAGGCACACCCUACGAAUUAGCCAAGGAAGAUCCCCAGAGGUACCACCUGCAAAGCGUCAUCAGGACUAGUGCCAGUCUGGACGAGGGUGCCACGGCCGCCCUGGAGCUGGGCCUGGGGAGGAUGAAGGACAAGAAGAAGGGGCCAGAGCGGGGCGGCGAAACUCCUGAGGGGCUAGCCACCUCAGUUGUUCACUAUGGAGCCGGUGCCAAGGAGCUCGGAGCCUUCUUGCAGAAGAGCCCACCUCCCCCACCACCCACGGCCCAGGCAACCCAGCCAACGCCCCACGGCCUCCUCUUGGAGGCUGGAGGUCCUGACCUUCCAAUGGUGCUGCCUCCACCUCCUCCCCAGCUGCUCCCUUCUGUGCUCAGCCAUGCCCCCAGCCCCUCAUCCAGUGCCCCCAAAGUCGGCGUUCACCUCCUCGAGCCAGGCACCCGGGAUGGGGCUCCCCAGCCGCCGCCGCCCCCACCCCCACCACCUAUGCCUCUGCAGCUUGAAGCCCACCUUCGCGGCCAUGGCCUGGAACCCACAGCCCCAAGUCCUCGCUUACGACCUGAGGAAAGCCUGGAACCUCCUGGAGCCAUGCAAGAACUACUUGGGGCCCUGGAACCAUUGCCACCAGGGCCUGGGGAUACCGGUGUGGGACCACCUAACCCAGAGGGCAAGGAUCCUACAGGCGCCUACCGAAGCCCCAGCCCUCAAGGGACCAAGGCACCGCGGUUCGUACCCCUCACGUCUAUCUGCUUCCCCGACUCAUUGCUUCAGGAUGAGGAGCGGAGCUUUUUCCCCACCAUGGAGGAGAUGUUUGGUGGAGGGGCAGCCGAUGACUAUGGCAAGGCUGGACAAACCGAAGAUGAUGGAGAUCCCAAAACUGGUGCUGGUCCACCCCCUGGUCCCACUGCUUACGAUCCCUAUGGCCCCUACUGUGGAGGCCGGGCGUCUGGAACUGGACCAGAGACUCCAGGCCUGGGUCUGGACCCCAACAAACCGCCCGAGCUCCCCUCCACAGUCAACGCAGAGCCACUGGGCCUGAUCCAGAGUGGGCCACACCAGUCGGCGCCCCCACCUCCCCCUCCGCCGCCGCCACCACCACCCGUCUCUGAGCCCAAGGGUGGCCUCACCUCGCCCAUCUUCUGCUCAACCAAGCCAAAGAAGCUGCUGAAGACGUCCUCUUUCCACCUGCUACGCCGCCGAGAUCCCCCCUUCCAGACGCCCAAGAAGCUGUAUGCGCAGGAGUACGAGUUUGAGGCCGAUGAGGACAAAGCCGACGUACCCGCAGAUAUCCGCCUAAACCCGAGGCGUCUGCCCGACCUGGUGUCUAGUUGUCGCUCCCGGCCGGCCCUCUCACCGCUGGGAGAUAUAGACUUCUGCCCACCCAACCCUGGCCCUGAUGGCCCUCGUCGUCGUGGCCGCAAGCCCACCAAGGCAAAGAGAGACGGCCCUCCCCGACCCAGGGGGAGGCCCAGGAUUCGUCCACUGGAGGGCCCUGCCAUGGCAGGUCCAGCCUCAGCCUCCAUAACCACUGACGGGGCCAAGAAACCUCGGGGCCGGGGCCGGGGCAGAGGCAGGAAGGCUGAGGAAAUGGGAGGUACCCGGUUGGAGCCUCUGAAGCCGCUUAAGAUCAAGCUGUCUGUGCCCAAGGUCGGUGAGGGUCUGGGAGCACCCUCCAACGAUGUCAUCUCGGGUGUAGACCACAACAGCCUGGAUUCCAACCUGACCCGGGAGAAAAUUGAGGCCAAGAUCAAGGAGGUAGAGGAGAAACAGCCGGAGAUGAAGUCAGGCUUCAUGGCUUCUUUCCUUGACUUUCUCAAGUCAGGCAAGCGGCACCCACCAGUCUACCAAGCUGGCCUGACGCCACCACUAAGCCCCCCUAAGAGUGUGCCAGCCUCUGUGCCCACCCGAGGCCUGCAGCCCCCACCACCCACCGUGCCCACUGUGCCGCACCCGGCACCUUCUGGUCCUUUUGGCCUGGGAGGUGCCUUAGAGGCUGCGGAGAGCGAGGGGCUGGGGCUUGGCUGCCCUUCGCCCUGCAAGCGACUGGACGAAGAGCUGAAGCGCAACCUAGAGACGCUGCCUUCCUUCUCCUCGGAUGAAGAAGACUCCGUGGCCAAGAACCGAGACCUGCAGGAGAGCAUUUCCUCAGCCAUCUCGGCCCUGGACGAUCCACCCCUCACAGGGCCUAAGGACACGUCCACACCGGAGGAGCCACCUCUAGACACUGGACCUACAGCCUCCGGUCCACCCCCUCUCCCAAGUCUGCCCAGCACCAACAGCAAUGGCACGCCUGAGCCCCCGCUGUUGGAGGAGAAGCCCCCACCUACUCCACCUCCUGCCCCAACACCUCAGCCGGCCCCACCUCCACCCCCACCCCCAGUUCCAGCCUUGCCCUCACCUGCCCCACUGGUGACUCCUGUGGCUAGCUCACCUCCACCACCACAGCCACCGCCUCCACCAGCGCUGCCCUCACCACCUCCACCGCCCCCGCCAGCACCCACAACUGUCCCACCAGUCGCCCCUCCAGAGGAGCCUGCUGCCCCGUCUCCAGAGGACCCUGAACCCCCAGAUGCUCGGCCUUUGCACCUGGCCAAGAAGCAGGAGACAGCAGCUGUGUGCGGGGAGACGGAUGAGGAGGCUGGGGAGAGUGGCGGAGAGGGCAUCUUCCGAGAGCGGGAUGAGUUCGUCAUUCGUGCGGAGGACAUACCCUCCCUCAAGCUGGCCCUGCAGACUGGCCGGGAGCCCCCACCCAUCUGGCGUGUCCAGAAGGCCCUUCUGCAGAAGUUCACUCCAGAGAUCAAGGAUGGCCAGAGGCAGUUUUGUGCUACCAGUAAUUAUUUGGGUUAUUUUGGGGAUGCAAAAAACCGGUACCAGCGCCUCUAUGUGAAGUUCUUGGAGAAUGUCAACAAGAAGGAUUAUGUGAGGGUGUGCGCCCGGAAACCCUGGCACCGGCCCCCACUGCCAGUCAGACGGUCUGGUCAGACCAAGGGCCCUACCCCUGUUGGGGGCAAUGCUGCACCUCCCUCUAAAGUCCCAGCCCCACCUCCUAAGCCUGAGACCCCUGAGAAAAUGACGUCAGAGAAGCCUCCAGAGCCAACACCUGAGCCUGCUGUACCCGAGCCCCCUGCCCCAGAGAAGCCAUCCCCACCUCGACCUGCGGAGAAGGAGAAGGAGAAGGAGAAAGAGAGGGUAACCCGUGGUGGUGAUCGGCCUUUGCGGAGCGAACGGGCCGCCAGUGGGCGGCAAAUGCGGACUGACCGGAGCCUAGCCCCAGGGCAGUCCACCACCUCCCGGCUGCCCAAAGCCAGGCCCUCGAAGGUCAAGGCCGAGCCGCCUCCAAAGAAGAGGAAGAAGUGGCUGAAGGAGGCAGUGGGCAGUGCCUCAGCGGGUGAUGGCCCUGGGUGCAGCUCAUCAGACUCCGAGUCCUCCCCUGGUGCACCCAGCGAGGACGAGCGGGCAGUUCCAGGACGGCUGCUGAAGACACGGGCCAUGCGGGAGAUGUACAGGAGCUAUGUGGAGAUGCUGGUGAGCACAGCCCUGGACCCAGACAUGAUCCAGGCCCUGGAAGACACACAUGAUGAACUCUAUCUUCCACCCAUGCGGAAGAUUGACGGCCUCCUCAAUGAGCACAAGAAAAAGGUCCUGAAGCGGCUGUCACUGAGCCCAGCGCUGCAGGAUGCCCUGCACACGUUCCCACAGCUGCAGGUGGAGCAGACUGGAGAAGGCUCCCCCGAAGAGGGAGCUGUGCGGCUGCGGCCUGCAGGGGAGCCCUAUAACCGAAAGACCCUCAGCAAGCUCAAGAGAAGUGUUGUGCGGGCCCAGGAGUUCAAGGUGGAGCUGGAGAAGUCGGGGUACUACACCCUCUACCACUCUCUGCACCACUACAAAUACCACACGUUUCUGCGCUGCCGAGACCAGACCCUGGCCAUCGAGGGUGGUGCUGAGGACCUGGGUCAAGAGGAGGUAGUCCAGCAGUGCAUGAGGAACCAGCCAUGGCUAGAACAGCUGUUCGACUCCUUCAGUGACCUGCUGGCCCAAGCACAGGCCCAUAGCCGCUGUGGGUGACCACACCCUGCCUGGCGAGGGGGACACCUCCUCCAUGAACUGAGAACUGGACAGAACUGUCCUCCGGAGCUGACUCCUAGGCUCCCUUGCUGCCAGGAGGGAAGGGGUCGUCCUCAGCCAGGGUGUGUCCACACAGCCCCCUCUACUCCCUUUCACACCCUCCCCCAUUCGUGUACAGAGAAAUUAUUUAUAUAUAUGUAUAAAUGUCUAUUUAGUAACACUUGCCCUGUCCCCUGGCCCAGCCCCCCCAACACAGCCAUCGCCCCUGCCCCUCCACCGUGUACAUAAUGUAUAGGAAAAUUCUAUGUAUGGUUGAGGGAGGCAGGGCGGCUUGAGAGAACCGGGGAACCCCCUCUCCCCUCCAAGCUCCCCCUCCGGGCCAACAUCUUUGCUAAAGGCUGCUCCCCAAGGGCGUGUGGUGUUGGGUGGGAGGGGCCAAACAUCUUGUUAAUUAUUUUUAAUCUUAUUUAUUGUACAUACCCGGGGUAGGGGUGGGGUGGAGAGGGAAGGCGAGAAGACUCCCCUUGUCCUGCCCCUCCUGUUCCUUUUCUACAGCGAUCUGUCUCCCCGGCCCUCCGCCCUGCUUCCCUUUGUCUUCUCAAUGUGGUUCUAUUUUUUAAUGCCUCUCUCUGCCCCGGCCCUGCUCCCUCCUGCCCUCUUCCCUCCUCUCCUUGACCUCCUGCUCUUCUUACUCGGCGCUGUACAACUCACCUUGUAUACACUGUGUACACACAACCAGCCAAACGAAACCCAACAGCAACACUUUACCAGCAGGCUGGAGUGCUCUGUCUGCGGCGGUGGGUGGGCCUGGGCAGUGGGAGCAAGGAUUGGCAAAGAAACCCGGAUGAAGCCCGCUUAGGUAUAGAGCCCAGGGACCGUGUAUGUGUGACCCCGAAAUCUAAUGACCUCAAACAAGCA